AUGUCUCACCGAGUUACUCGAUCGUCGGCGAAGGAAGACUGCCAGAACAAAUCACUUCACGGCCAGGCCCCCUCCAGCUCUGGCAUCGGGCAAGCCACCUUUGGAGGGUCCACGGAUCUGACUCCGCCCUGGUCUCCGAGAGAUCAAGGCAGGGAUAACCAAGAAGACCGAAAGGGAACCAGUGUUUCCCAGACGCCUCCCAAGCCCCAUCCAGCUGACGCGAAAAGGAGCAGCGCCCCCCGAGCUCCCUCGAUCAGCAGUAAUGAUCUUACGAGACGCUUGACCAUGGCCAGGGCUCCCUGGGCAACUGGGAGCGUUUCCCCAACUCCCUCGCCUGACGACGAUAUCCCGCCAACCCCCGAGAUACCUGCCAUGACGGCUUUUACUCGCGAAAUGCAACAUUACGGCAAGGACGCGAACAAUUUCUACGACGAUGCCGACACCGAUAGAACGGCCGACUACCCCACAACUCCCUCAGAGAGUAGCAGUGGUUUCAGCAGUGUUUGCAGUAGCCAGAGUAGCCGGAGAUCGCGGGGUGACACGCCGGCGGGCUCAAUUCAUUGCUCUAACCUAUCGCCUAUCUUCUAUGGCUACAAGCAUAUUUCUCAAAGAAAAGCAAGGCUCUGUUACCAAUUUUACAAGACCUGGCUUCAGGGUUCCGACUCAACAUCCCACCAACACCAGCACCACGAAAGCUACCUGCCUAUCUUCUACAUCAACAACAUUUAUCUCAAACUGGAGAAAUCAAGAAUCUCAACAGACCACUACGUCGCCAUGAUUACCUUGGCAUUCAUUUUGCUGAUCUUUCUCUAUUUCCUCUUAUAUCGAGAGAUGAGAGCGGAAUCCACCAAAAAGACACUGUCUGGCAAUCGACCUCGAGGGACGAAACGGAAGAGGGGGAAUAGACACAGGCGCCAUCAACCUUUCUCUAGCGCUAACACUGAACCUGUCGCUUCUGAAAGACGGGCUAGUGAGACCAAGUCCAAGAAGCCGGGGAACCAAGAUGAACAAGAACGAUCAACGGCAAGAAGUUUCAGGACCUACUCACACGACACAUUAACCGACUACGACGCUUAUUAUGAAGAUCUUCACCGUGUAGUACCUGAGGGCAAAGAAGAUGAUGAAUCUCUUUAUCGUGCAUUGCACGGAGGAGACAUAUAA